GCCAUGUCGGCCCGCCAGAACCCUGGAAAGUGGACCAAAAGCCGCUUGAAGCCCGUCGCCGACUCCCUGGAGGCAGUGGGGUUCGUGUCUAAAGGCGAUCGCAAACUACUAGACCACAAAGCCCAAAUCGACUACUAUGAGAAGAUAAAAGAGCGGUACGUGCGAUUCGGCGCGUUAUACAAAGACAACCUGGAGGCCGCCUGGGCGUCCCUCCCCACCAGCGCGUCCGGCGACGCAACCAAGAAUCCCCCAGCAUCUGUACCCCACGGUCAACCGGCGGGGACUCGUGGGCCCUCCGCAUCCGCCGAACUAUCGACCCUCCUGCUUUCCCUCCGCAAGCUUCGAGAGGCUGUUCUGGCCACCGCCUCCACAACACCCAUCUCCUUCUCCCAGCAUGUCCAUAUUUUCUCUGUCCGACUCUCUGUCAAAGCCAAGCAUCCGCCGUCGUAUUUCCCCUCUCUCAGGUACCUCGUUGACAGGCUGCAUUCGCCGGCGCAUCCAUUGGCGGAGUCAGAGCUGAAGGAGCUCCUCUCGUAUCUCAUUCUCGACUAUGCCUGUCGGCAGGAAGACCUGGUGGCAGCGUUCGAGCUGCGCGCGCGGGCGCGUCGCCAAUACGCCUUCCAGUCGCAGACGGUCGACCGCGUCCUGAACGCCCUGGCGCAUGACAACUGGGUAGUCUUCUGGCAGGUCCGCAAGGAGGUGACCUCGGAACUGCGGUCAGUGAUUGAUUGGGCGGAGGAUCGCGUGCGGAGACACGCGCUCAAGGCCGUCGGCGGUGCCUAUCUUAGCGUCCAUGUGACAUGGAUCACCGAGGGCUGCACGGGCGACGGGUCCUGGACGUGGGAGAAAUUGGUGGAGAGGGAGAAGGUCGGUUGGUCGCGAGAAGGCGACAUGGUCAUUAUAAAACGGCCGAAGCGAAAACCGGCGCAGAAUCUCACCCCGAUCAAGGAAUCUUGACGGCAUCCAUUCUUUUGAGCAUUAUACUUGGCGCGCUAGGCGUUGGGAAGGCGGCGUUCAUUCAGGGAUAGAGGGAGCAAGAUGCUAGCAAAGCAUUGUAUCUUUAUUGGCCUCUUAUCAUCAAAAUUACAUC